ACCGGCUCAAGACACUCAGAACCCACCGUGGUUCCACCCGUAAUUUGUCAGCAGUCAGGAGGACACAUACAGACACACGUGUAUCUAUCUUAUCCCCUCCAGAGUAACCAUGGACGCAGCAGAGUUCCGUCGCCGGGGAAAGGAGAUGGUUGACUUUGUGGCGGACUACCAGGAGAACAUUGAGCACAGGCGAGUGUACCCAGACGUGGAGCCCGGGUACCUGCGCUCCAUGAUCCCCUCUGAGGCCCCGCUGGAGCCUGAGAGCUACGAGGACGUGCUCAGGGACGUCGACAGGGUCAUUAUGCCCGGAGUGACCCACUGGCUAAGCCCACACUUCUAUGCCUAUUACGCAAAUUCAACUUCUUUCCCAUCUAUUUUGGCUGACUUGCUCAGUAGCGGCAUAGGAACCAUUGGCUUCACAUGGGCUGCAAAUCCAGCAUGUAGUGAGUUGGAAACAGUGAUGUUGGACUGGCUGGGCAAGAUGCUCCAACUUCCAGAAGACUUCCUUUCAGAGACACAGGGUCAGGGAGGAGGAGUCAUUCAGGGUACGGCUAGUGAAGCGACUCUGAUGGCGUUGCUUUCCGCUCGCCUCAAAACAGUGAAAUGUGUCCAAGAAUCCGAUCCUCAACGAUCAGAGGCUGACAUUAUUUCCAAACUGAUAGCCUACACCUCCGAAGAAGCCCACUCAUCAGUGGAGAAAGCCAGUAUCAUUGGCGGAGUGGUGAUAAGAAUGGUCCCAACAGAUGAGCACUUCUCUGUCAGAGCAGAGACCCUGGAGAAGAUGGUGGCUGAGGACAAGGCCACUGGAUACAUACCCUUCUUUUUCUGCGCUACCCUUGGCACGACUCCCUGUUGUGCAUUUGAUAAAAUUGAUGAACUUGGGCCCAUAUGUAAUGCAGAGAAUAUCUGGAUGCAUAUUGACGCAGCCUAUGCUGGAUGCGCUUUUAUCUGCCCAGAAUUUAGGCCUUUGUUGAAUGGCGUCGAGUUUGCAGAUUCAUUUAGCAUCAACCCCAACAAAUUUCUCUUAGUCGGCUUUGACUGCUCGGCCAUGUGGGUAAAAAAAAGCGCAGACCUAACCAGAGCUUUCCAAAUGGAUCCAGAGUACCUGAAACAUGAACACCAAGGGUCAGGUCUGGUUAAAGAUUAUAUGCAUUGGGGUAUUCCUAUGGCCAGGAGGUUCCGCUCCCUGAAGUUGUGGUUUGUGUUCCGCAUGUACGGGCUCAGAGGCCUCCAAGCGUUCAUCCGUAAGCAUGUGGAAUUGGCCAAAACAUUUGAGAAUCUGGUGAGAGGCGACAACAACUUUGAGAUCUGUGCUGAAGUAGUCAUGGGACUAGUUUGCUUCAGGCUGAAGGGUUCGGAUGAGCUGAACAAAGCCUUGCUGAAACAAAUCACCAGGACGGGGAAGAUCUACCUGGUGCCCUGCAAGCUCCGCGGACGUUUUGUUCUGCGCUUCGUCGUCUGUGGGCGGACCACCGAGCUGCGCCAUAUCCAAGAGGCGUGGAAGCACAUCACCGAGCUGUCCAGCGAGCUCCUGCAGAACCUCUUUGAUCAUGAAGGAAAGGAAAACUGACCAGUCAGGAUAGGGAAUAUGACAUCAUGGUUGCCAAAAAACUGGCAGAUGCAUUUUCAACCAGAACAGACCCAUAUAUAUUCACAGCAUUUCUCUCACAUAGCCAAGGUGCCUAUGCCAUUUUACCUACAUACCUUUACCUACCCUUUACCUUACCUACAGCACAGCACACACAAGGCUGCGAACAUGGAUCCAUAACGCAAAUUAUAUUUGCUUCAUGAUUUCCGUUGUCAUCUUCAUCUUUUGGGUGUGCGGUAAUCAACUGGCUUGGGUUGACUUUUAUAUUUACUGAGUGGCAAUUUUAAUACUUGUUGGCUUCUGUGGCGGGGUGUGUUUAGUAGGUCUGAGUCUUUAAUCAAUUGAACACUUUUUUGGGGGGCCCCUGAUCCUUUAAUGGCUAGUUAGGAUUUUUUUUCCGUCUUUUCCCCUCAAAAUUGAAAUGAAAAAAAUACAUCUAUAUAUAUGCAUAGAUGCAAAUACCUUGCAUGACUCAGGGCCUUAAUUUUUAUUCUUUAUACAUUGUCACACAAAAUCGAUUGGAUUUGUAUGUUCAACAUAUUUUCAGAUAUUGAUAACAUUCUGUUAAAUAUUAUCUCUCAUUUGAUCUUUAAUCAAAAUUUUAAUGAAAUUGUAAUAGUGUAACAAAUUGAGAGCUUUCCUUAUAGCCGAGGAGUUCUCUGUUGGUGUGGGUGUAAAAUGGACUGUAUGAAAUACAGAUCAUUCUUUAUUUUUCCAACUGGCGGGAUAGUAAUCAAGAGCCAUAGAAUAGGUCAAGUUUUACAUGAUAUUUCGAGCAGUUUAUUUUUUUCAUCGCGGCCCCUGGGGAUAGCCCAUAUGGUGGACUUGAAAUUGCCUAUACCUGCCAAAAGAUGAACGAUGAUGUCUAAAGGUCUUUUCAAUGUAUAAUGUGAGCAAUUAUGUUGCUUAGAAUAAAAUAAACCUGUAGACUUUAUAACUAAAUGAAGCACACCAAGAGGGUUAAUUCACAGACUAAAACAGUCCAUAACCAAGUAGCUCUGCUAUAACAGUUAAAUAUUGGAGAUUUAAAAUCAAAAGGCCAUCAGAGAGGGGUGAUGAGCCCUUCAUUUUUCCUCAAAACUACAAAGGCAUCUGAACCGGUGACAAGAGGGGUCGACAGCCAAGGAGCACGUCUGGAUACUGCUCCUCACCAAGCUAUACUAUAUUAUUCAACCCAAAUCUAUACCUGUGCUGUAUUAUAUCCUGUAAAAAACUAUCUAUUCGAACCUCUGAUCCAAACUGUCAAGCUGCCUUGAUUUCCACUUCUAGAAUCACUGCUACGACGAAAGUACGUAGUUGUGUAUUUAACAGCUUAGAAAUAAGAUAUGAGUCAUGGUUCUCUACCGGAUAAUACACAUACCUGUGACAUUCUGUCAGCCAACAAUUAUCUACUAGAAAUCUCAAGGUCAUCAAUGUGUAUGUCCCCACUCAAAUCCUUUCCAGUUCCGCCAGUUUAUCGCCUGCAGGAUUCUGGAGUCUUGACAUUUAUUAUGUACUAUUAUAACUACUUAACACCCAACAUAAAUCUUGUUAUCUUCAUUUGUCAAAAAAAGGUUCAGAUAUCAUUUUUUAUAUUAGAUAUGUAAUUUGUGGCUCAUAAAAUAUUUGUGUGGAUAUCAUUUUACAAGGCAUAGGUUAAAUGGUAUACUUAACUAAUUUUAGUACCAAAAGUACCAAACAUUUGUGGAUCGGGGUAAACACAACGUUCAAUACAAAUGGCCAUACUUGAGUGGCCACCCAAACUC